UUUGCCUUUGCUCUUAAGGCACCGGGAGGCAAGUGACUCAGCACUUUCCCUGGCUCCCUUUGGUCCGGAUCAGGCUCUGUCUGGCUCCGCAGCUGCAGAGAGAGACCAAGAUGCCUGGACCCUUCACCAUCACCUACUUCCCCGUGCGCGGGCGCUGUGAGGCUGUGCGAAUGCUGCUGGCCGACCAGGGGCAGGAGUGGCAGGAGGAUGUAGUGACCAUGGAUCGGUGGCAGAAGGGAGAGCUCAAGAAAUCCUGUCUGUUUGGGCAGCUGCCCAAGUUUCAGGAUGGAGACUUGACCCUGUACCAGUCCAAUGCCUUCCUGCGGCACCUGGCCAGGACCUAUGGGCUAUACGGAAAGGACCAGCGGGAGGCGGCGUUGCUGGACAUGGUGAAUGAUGGAGUGGAAGAUCUGCGCCUCAAAUACGCCCAACUCAUCUACCAGAACUACGAGAACGGUAAAGCAGCCUAUGUGGAGGCACUGCCAGCGCAGCUGUGCCCCUUUGAGACCCUGCUGUCCCAGAACCGCGCCGGCCAGGCCUUCAUCAUCGGAGAUCAGAUCUCUUUUGCAGACUAUAACCUGGUGGAGCUGGUGCGGAACCACCUGGUGCUGGCACCUGGCUGCCUGGGCUCCUGCCCUCUGCUGGCCGCUUACGUGGAGCGGGUGACUUCCCGGCCCCGCCUGCGCACCUACCUGGAGUCAGCUACCCACCGUGACCGGCCCAUCAAUGGCAACGGCAAGCAGUGACCCCCAUGGAUGGAGGGAGGGGGCACUCUCGUGGCACAAUAAACAGCUACCAGACCAGG